AUGUCGGAGCUCCGCUACUUCGCAUAUCCCGAUAUGGGCAAGGUCCUCCUGGACAAGCAUUGUUAUCACCAAGCCGUCCGUGUGGGUGAUUGCAUCGAAUGCGCCGGUCAAGGCGGCUGGAAUCCCAAGACCGGAGACAUGAAGAAAGAUCUCUACGAAGAAAUCGACCAGGCCUUCGACAACGUGGAGCUCGCGCUCAAGGACGCCGGAGGGAAAGGUUGGUCCCAGGUGUACAGGGUCAGGUCUUACCACACGGACAUGAGCCACGAUGCGCUGAUGCACACGGUCGAGAACAUCAAGAAGCGGGUGACAACCCACAAGCCCAUCUUCACCUGUGUCGGUGUGACUCAGCUGGGCGUUGAGGGGAUGCGGGUCGAGAUCGAAGUGGCUGCCUAUGCCCCGGCUCAGAAGGAGGCCAAGACCGAUGCCUAGGCUUUCGAGAAUCGAGUCUCGGAAUUGAGUCUCGGAAUUGAGUCUCGGAAUCGAGUCUCGGAAUUGAGUCUCGGAAUCGAGUCUCGGAAUUGAGUCUCGGAAUUGAGUCUCGGAAUCGAGUCUCGACAGGGCAGG